AUGGCAUAUACUUUGCCGCAAUUCCUUUGCGAACUUUGUUCGGCCGAUUUAAAAAAGUUCCAUCUCUUCAUUGAGAAAGCCAUUGAGUCCCACAACAUUUUGGAAACGAAUUUACAAAAUCAAAUUGAAGCUGUCGACAUUAAGAGCGAAAAUGAACAGGAAAUUGAGUGUGUUUACAUGAUAGAACCAUGUUAUGAAGGAAUACCAACCGCAGAUUGUGAAGUCGAAGCAAAAACUGAAAUUGAAUUUAUGCCUGAAGAAACAAAUGAAAAUAUACAGACGCAAGAUGAUGAUGUCGACGAGCAAUCCGAUGGCACACUAACCGAUGACGUUAUGGAAGAUGAAGAUUACAUAGGAAGUAAUGCGUACAACAAGGAAGUGAAAAAAGAAGACACAAUAUCAGAGGUUAAAGAAGAAAAACCCAAGAAAGCCAAAUCACAAUCCAAAUUACCCGCUAUGUGUUCGUAUUGCUCAAAAAUAAUCCACAACGCCUCCUAUUUAAGAAAGCACGAACAGACCCACAUGGAAUACAGAGAACGUGAUGUAACUUGCCCCGAAUGCGGCCUAAAAACCUAUAGUAAAAAAACGUUAUAUGCUCAUAUGAAAAUCCACGAUAAAAAUCGUGAAAGGAACUUUAAAUGUGAAUUUUGUGAUAAGGCAUUUUUUAAUCGUGGUGCAUGUAAUGUUCAUCGUAAAAAACAUUUGGAUGACAAGAUGAAAUGUCCAUUAUGUCCAAAGGAAUAUUACAGGCGAGUUGAUUUAGAUCGGCACAUUCAAACACAUUCCCAUGCCCCACUACAUUCCGACAAACCUAAGUCGAAACUUAAAUAUUUCAUCCACUGUAAGGAAUGCAAUCAAGAUAUAGUCAGCCAUAAAUUUACCGCACACCGGGCUAAACACUUGAAUGAACCUUUGAUGCGCUGUAAACUUUGUGAAAAGGAUUUCUUUUGUCGUAUAUCCUGCACCCGUCACAUGAAAAGAGUUCAUAAGAAAACUUAUGAUAACUAUGACGAUAUAACUAUAUAUUAUGAAAAAUAUAGAGCGCGUCUACCACAUGCCUUAUUGUUACAACAAGGGGAUAUGGAAGCAAAGGAAUGUACAUAG